AUGGAGAUCUCGCCCCGCAGCAGAGUUACAGCAGCUACCCUGCUGGAUUCCGCUGGGAUAGCCCUCAAUUCCAAUCUCGAUAUGCUACCGUCAGGCACUAAAGGGGGCGGUAUUCGGAAGCGCGACCGCUACGUCUCAUACGCGUGCAACCGCUGUCGAGCAGCCAAAGUGCGCUGCAAUGGAAAGCAGCCAUGCUCUUACUGCGUGGCAAGAGAUCCAGCAUCUUGCCACUAUCGAAGCCAGCGUAUCAUAUAUGACUCUAAUCAACAAAAUCAGCAACAGUUCCAGAUCCAACAAGCGCCAGAGGAAGAUUCUCACCCUCCGUACAUGCAGACAGGAAGCGCCGGCGAGAUCAAGCAUUCGGAUUACGAGAGUAUCAAGAUGCUGCUACAACGACAAAACGGCAAACUUGACGCAAUACUCAAGCGCGUCUCUAAUGUAGAGGCUGCCAAAAGAUUGCAGUCGCAUCAUGUUAAAACACCUUCAAGCAAUGCGUCACUGGAUUGCGAAGAGCCACUUCCGGUCAUUCAAAGCUCGACAAGUGCAUUGUUCUGCAUUCACAUUGUUGAUGACAGUCUCAAGGCAUUCGAAGAGCCAGUCCUAGGCACUCCGCCACUCGAAGACUGCAAACCAUCUUUAACGCCCUCUUUCUCCAUUUUGCAUGGCCAGAUUGUGAACAAGAUUGCAGCUGAUAUCGGGGAAUGGGGCGUUGCAGAAACAAGUACAUCUUCGUCCAGUUCUGGUAUCACAACUCAGGGUACAUCUACGCAUCCGUUGGAUGAGCUGGACAAUGCAGAGCUUAUUCGGUUGAUCCAAAAAUACAAUGACGUGGCCGGAAUGGUGUAUCCAGUAGUAGAUGGAGCGAAGAUGCUACGCUUAGCUGGAAGUAGUGGCCAGCUUGAAGAGCUGAGUGCAGAGCCUCAUAGGAAUAAGUCUUUCCCACUAAGACGAAGCGAAGUAGCCAUUCUUCAGAUGAUGGCUGCCAUUGCUCUAACGGCUGAAAACGAGAAUGGGUCUGAUCUGAUCCAACGUUUUCACGACGACGUGUUACCGGAUGCCCAACACAUAAUCUGGAACACAAACACUGAUCUCCACGGCUUAAUCUUGCUAGUACUGAUGAGCAUCUUUUAUUACCACUCUCAUAAAUGGCGCCUCGCGUGGCGUUUCUUGGGCAAUGUAGCACGUAUCGUCGUUGAGCUCGGCCUCAAUAGGCAAAUGGUCCUUGAUAGAUCAUUCCCCAAGGGAGAAGCGCAGACACAAGCGGUCAACAUUAUAUGGUCUAUUUUCGUCUUAGAACAACAGCUAAGGCAUGCUUUGGGACUCUCCACCAUGACACAAGACCUAGCUCUGGACUCGACGUUCCCCAAACCAGUCAAUGCACCUUACUUAGAUGCGAUGGUUCAGUAUCUCAAAAUUGCCAGCUCCACAAGCGCAAUAACUUUCGGCAGGCAUAAUGUGCAGUUAACGCCCGAGGAGUUCCAAGAACUCUACAGCUAUUUCCAAUAUCGUCUCAGCGAGUGGUACAAAAGCAUCGACUGCGAAUUCCAGCUCAAAGGCGAAGGCGAGAGAACUGAGCAAUGGAAUCGGUUUCUUAGUAUCACGCUUCGCCUAAGAGCACAUACACUUCAAAUUGGGGUCGCAAGGUUCAUCCUCUUUGGGAAAGGAGUUAUAGGAAUGCCAUCCGCGGAUAUCUGGUCCACAUGCGUUGAUGCAGCGGCCUCCAUAGCAUCCAGUUUAGCUGCUAUAGAUGCCGACCAGCCGCCGUUUCAAUCUGCGAGACCAGAGUCGAAUUACUUUCUCAUCUCUGGCCUGGGUAUUUUGCUGCUAGCCAUUUCUCAAAACGCAAUGCUUCCAGUAGCACAGCGGCCAUUGUCUCCCGAGACACUUCAAAGAGCUCAACAAAGCGCCAUCUUAUGUCUCAAUCUCUUACGCAGUCGUGCGAUUGUUUCCCGCCCGUCUAAACAUCUUUGGAACAGAGUUCAGAGUCUCGCUCUACGCUUGAACCUCUUAGAUGGCCCGACGGCCUUAUUCGAAGGUGCAGCGGCAGGACAGCCAGAGACUAUAAAUGAGGAAGUAGAUAUCAAUUCGUUACCGCUAAUGCCGGAGCUAAACUUGGCGAGCUUUCCUUCUACUGCGAAUUUCGGCUCUUCUGACAUGGACGCUAUAGUCGAUACAACCGACGUACCAAGAAGCCAUAAUCCACCAUUUGGUAUGGGUUUUGACUCGGUUUACAUGAUUAGCGAAUUGAUGACGGGCUUCGAAUAA